AAGCCAGGGUUCCCUUGAGCGAGGAGCUUCCUAUGUUGAGACCCAAAGGAAGGCACAUGCAGUCACUCAGCUACUAGAAAUUUGACUGUGCAGAGAGUGUGUAAAUCCAUAAGGGCAACAAUGAGUGUUCUCCCUGACCAGAUUCCUUUGGCCCCACUCAUGGACAAGGAAAUAUUUGGCACAGGGGUCAGUAUCAAAGAAGAACUCAGCGAAGAUGUCACCGAAGAAAUAGAUUUGAAAAUUAAGGAAGAAGCAUACGAUUAUGCAGAUGAAGCAACUGAUAUAGUGAGUGAAGUGAAAGUGAAAAAUGAAUUUCUUCCCUUCAGGGAUCUUCAAGACCUUAAAAAUGAGGCAAAUGAAAAAGACUCAUGUAAUUUUAAUGAGGAUUGCAGUACCUUGUCAAGAGUGCCAUUUGUAGCUGAGGAAAAGGAGGAAAAAUGCUCAUCAGGAGAGGAUCAGGCAAAACAUAAGGAAAAUCAUAAAGAUAUUGCACACAGAAAAUUGGAUAGGAAAAUGAAGUCUUUUGUAUGUAUAAUAUGUGGCAAAGCUUUCUACAGAAAAUCACAUAUAAAGGAUCAUAUGAGAGUACACACAAAAGAAAAGCCAUACAGCUGUGAAGUUUGCAGCAAAGUUUUCUCACACAAAUGUACUUUAGUAAAGCACAUAAGAGUCCAUACAAAGGAGAAACCAUGCAGCUGUGAGAUUUACAGUGAAGACUUCUCAAAUAAAUCAGGCUUAGUGAAAUGCAUAGGAUUACAUACAAAAGAGAAACCACAUACCUGUGACAUUUGCAAAAAAGCCUUCUCUAAAAAAAGCGAUCUAGUAAAGCACACGAGAGUACACACAAAGGAGAAACCAUAUAGCUGUGAGAUCUGCAAUAAAGACUUCUCAUAUAAAUCUGUCUUAGUGAAACAUAUUAGAGUACAUACAAAGGAGAAACCAUAUAUCUGUGACAUUUGCAAAAAAGCCUUCUCUGAGAAAGGUUCUCUAGUAAGUCACAUGAGAGCACAUACAAAGGAGAAACCAUAUAUCUGUGACAUUUGCAAAAAAGCGUUCUCUGAGAAGGGUUCUCUUAAGGCAUUUGAGGAUACAUACAAAGGAGAAACCAUAUAG